GGCUAUAGUUGUGAACGAGCCCUUUUGAUAUGUCAGAGUGAGACCCUCCCACCCUUGCGUGCUUUUUAUAACAUGGCGACGGUUUUGUUGUAAACAUAAUUUAAAGUUUGGAAAGAUACUAUUUCAAUUCAAAGCAAUAUGAAAGUUUUUAUUCGGUGAAAUUUAGUGUUUUGUGAAGUAAACAAGAAAAAGGGACAUAAAACGAAUGGUCUUUCAUUCUAAUGUCAGCUGUUACACAUUCUGUACCAGGGGCUGAUCCUACAAAGGGUCUUCAAAAACGUAGAGGUGUUAUAGGGUCAGAUGAAGACGACCCAAGUGGGAGUAAGUACACCAGAAUGGAGGACGAUAGUAUUCAGGAUAAGGAAAGGUUUGCAAGGGAGAACCAUUGCGAAAUCGAGCGGCGGAGACGCAACAAGAUGACAGCUUACAUCACCGAACUGUCAGACAUGGUUCCCACCUGUAGUGCUUUAGCUAGAAAACCUGACAAGCUCACCAUUCUACGGAUGGCUGUGGCGCAUAUGAAAGCGCUAAGAGGUACAGGAAACACAAGUACAGAUGGAACGUAUAAGCCUUCAUUUUUGACGGAUCAAGAGCUAAAACAUCUGAUCCUUGAAGCCGCCGAUGGAUUUUUGUUUGUCGUCAGCUGUGAUACUGGAAGAGUGAUCUACGUCUCGGAUUCCGUGGCGCCCGUUCUAAACUAUUCGCAAAGCGACUGGUACGGUUCCUGUAUAUACGACAAUAUUCACCCCGAGGAUGUGGACAAAGUAAGAGAGCAACUUUCCACGCAGGAACCGCAGAACACCGGCCGCAUCCUGGAUCUCAAGACUGGUACCGUUAAAAAGGAGGGCCAUCAAUCUUCCAUGAGGCUGUGUAUGGGAUCAAGACGUGGUUUUAUAUGUCGCAUGAAAGUAGGAAAUUUAAGCCCGGACAGUAUGAACGUGGGUCAUUUGAACCGGUUGAAGCAACGAAAUAGCCUCGGUCCCGGAAGAGACGGCCAGAACUUCGCGGUGGUCCAUUGUACGGGAUACAUUAAAAACUGGCCUCCGACAGGUGUCCAGUUGGAACGUCAGACGGAGGAUGAGCUGCACGCGGCCUCGCACUGUUGCCUCGUCGCCAUCGGCAGGUUGCAGGUCACGUCGACGCCGAACACCAGCGAUUUGUCCGGAUCCAGCAGCAACGCCGAAUUCAUAUCGCGUCAUUCCAUGGAUGGAAAAUUCACCUUUGUGGACCAACGAGUUAUAGGCCUACUUGGCUACAAUCCCACCGAGCUGUUAGCAAAAAGCUGUUUCGAAUUCUUCCACCCGGAAGACCAGAGCCACAUGAAGGACAGUUUCGAACAAGUUUUGAAACUGAAGGGACAAGUGCUGUCAGUGAUGUACCGAUUCCGAGCCAAGAAUAGAGAGUGGGUUUGGUUGCGCACAAGUGCAUUUGCUUUCCUGAACCCGUACACGGACAAUGUAGAGUACAUAGUUUGCACGAACACAGCGGCUAAGUCUUUGCACUCGACUGGAGAGGCUCCAGCCGAGGCCGCCGCCGAACAAGUGAGCUACCAGCAGCAGCAGCAGCAGCAACAGCAGCAGCAGCAGCAACCAGGGUUGGAUUACAGUUUGCAAAGAAGAGACCACAUCUCGUCGUACUCGCACAUGAUCCCCACGGCGCACAUCCAAAGCGAGUAUCUGGCCAGCGAGGACCCGCGCUACCCCACGGCCAGGCCGGGCAGCACGCAGAACGUGUACAGCAGCUACGAGCCGACGGCCUCGCCGAUCGCCGCCUACGGCUCGCCCUCGCAGCAGCAGCAGGCCGCAGGCAGCAACGCCGCCGUGAUGGCCCGACUGGCCAAGGGCGCCGGCGCCGGCGCCACCACCAGCCCCACGCCGGCGGCGGCGCCGUGGAGCCUGCGCCAGACGCAGACGGCGCCGGAGUACAGCCAGUACAGCCAGGCCAGCCCGCGCUCGCCCGGCCCCACCUACACGCAGCUGAGCGGCGGCUCGCGCUCGGGCCCCGCAGGGGGCGGCGCGGCCGGGGCGGGCGCCGGCGGUUCCGGCCCGCCGGCGCCGAGCCCGUACGCGUGGACCAGCUGGCAGGCGGCCGCGUCUGCUCACGCGCAGAGCAGCGAGGCCGCAGGCGGGCCGGGCGGCGGCGCCGGAGGGCCUGCGCCGCCGCCGCAACCGCAGCCGCACGAAUUGUCCGACAUGCUGCAGAUGCUCGAUCAGGGCGGCGCCGCCUCCUUCGAGGACCUGAACAUGUUCAGCACCACGUUCGAGUAG